UCAGAUUAUGACAACAAUCAAGUCAGACUGGAAUGUUUUAAAUAGAAAAAGGGCUUGUCAGGUAUUUGACAGAACUUGUCUCUGUGCCUGAAUGAGUUGAUGAACAUUUUACACUUUGACUUAAAAGGCAGGCGGACAGGAUUGUUUUGGCUUUUUCAUGUCAACUUAUAACUAAAUGCUGCAUGUAAUCCUCCUUAUAAUAUUGUACACAAUGGCUGAUUUGUCACAAGACAUAAUCAGAUGUUAUUUCACAUGACUGCUGGCUUUUAGGUGUUUUUUUUUUUUUUUUAACUUCUUGUCAGACAACAAACCACGCCUUUAAACACACACCAACCAUCGCUCUGAAAGAAGGGGGAAACCAGGAGGUGGCGUUCAUGGAAGCGCUGUUGUAUUAUUCAUACAGAAAUAGAAACUAGACAUGAAUAUCUGAAUUUUACUCAGCGAGACAUGUUUACUGCUCAAUCCACUGAUUCCUCAGUAUGCCGCAACGGAAGCAGAGGAUUUGCACAGAUGUCACGACGAACUUCGUCCGAAAAUGGAAGAACAUAACAUGGACCCAGAACCUUUAAUUCAGCGAUUCUGUUUAAUACUGGAUAUGACAAGUUAUGACCUUUUGGAGCAGAAUUCCCAGAAGAGGACUGGCUUCAGUGGGAUAUAACUUUGCUGUAUGUACAAGCAGAUGAAUUGAGACAAGCAGUGAGAAGCACUUAUGAAGUGUGGAGAGGAAACGUUUUUGGAUUUAUUUAUUUACUAAGAAAAACCCAGCACUUUAAAGAUGGUGUUUAGUUUGGAGCAUAUAUUUAUUUUUGCUGCUAUUUUCCUCCUAAACAUUGACCUAUGUCUUUGUGCUUGUGCUCGAGCAGAGUAUGAGAUCAAUAAAGAAUGUUGCCCCAUGUGUGCACCUGGAAGCCAUGUUUAUAGGCAUUGCACAGAAUUUGUCAGCACAACUUGUGUGCCGUGUGUUGACUCUUUCACUUCUGAGCCAACUGAUCUUCUACAAUGCUUUAGCUGUGCAGUGUGUGAUACAGGGCAAGGCUUACAAGUAAAAACAGCCUGCACAAGAAUUUCAGAUACAGUUUGUGAGCCACUUGAGGGAUUGUACUGUACUAAUUAUGAGAAGGGUAGUUGUACACAGGCUGCGGAACACACACAAUGUAGACCUGGACAAUAUAUAAAGCAGAAAGGAACAGCACGUGAUGAUGCCGAAUGUGCUGAAUGUAAAAAUGGUACCUACUCUGAUGGCUCACUUGAAAUGUGCAAACUACAUACAAAGUGUGAAGAUUUAGGACUUGAUGAAAUUAAACCAGGAACAACGAUAUCUGAUGUUGAGUGUGGAAAUAAAAUCAAUUUAAUUCAAGUGGCCCUUAUAGUUGGAAUCCUAGUUUUAAUUCCAGUUGUGGCUGUUGUAGUAGUCCUCAAAAGUAGACAUAAGAGUAGCCGAUGUUCAGAUCAGAAUGCUGAGAAGGAACAAGCUACAAAAACUGAACUUAAAACACUCACUCCAUAGACAGUGUCUCUAUAAUAAAAGAGAACUUACAGAACAGAAGAUCAGGACACGAUGUGAACUCGCUGUCCUCACUGGGAUCUAGAUAUCGGAGUCAUAAUAAAGGAAGAAAAAUGCAAUGCCAAACCCUUCUUUUAGGGACUGGAAUGGACUUGGUGAAUGGCUGCAUUGCUGCUGGACGUCACUGCAUUCAAUUGAAAAUGGUGUCUGAUCAGAAGUGUCACUUCCUUGUCUGAAAACCCGCCUCUUCAGUAAUCAUGAUGAACCCAAUACUAAUUUCUCUCUAUGAGGGUUUUAGCUUGAUGGAGGACUUCUUAUUGUAGUGAGACAAUGAGAAAGAACACUCUGAACUCUUGAAUAUAGCCUCUGUAUAUAAAUACUUUGUGGUCAUAUAAAACUAAAAUAGGACUUCGGUCACAUACACCAUCAGCAUGUUUAACCACACAAGGAAAAAAUACUGAUAUUCCACUGUAAAAUAUGGAGGUGGAUCAGUGAUGCAUUGGGAUUGUUUGGCUGGUUGGUGAUUUUAAGGACUUUCACAUCAGAAUAUAAUGCACCAAGAUUCCUCUUCAAAUGACACUUGCUAGAUGUUAUAGGAAAUUAAACAGUAGUGGUUUUCUCUCUAGGACAGGUGUCACAAAAUAUUAAUUAAAUGUAAACAAAUGCAAGGGAAUUGGUUGUUUUCACAGUAGCAUCUGUUGAAGAAAUACAGACACAAAAAACAUUUUUCUUUAUAAAAAAAACAAUUCCCUUGAUGUCACAUGAUAUACAUAGUAAAUGUAUCAUUAAGGUAAAGCAUUAAGGUCAAAUUAGAUUUUAACUAAUUAACUAAAUUAUUUGUUUGUUUGUUUGUCUAAUUGCUUAUUUGUUUUAAAGACUAUAAACUGCAUGUGAAACAAUUGUUCAAAUAUAUUAUCAUCUAUGGUGUGUUCCCAUAGUCAUAAGAAAUGACAAUAAUCUGAGACCACUUUGAACCCUGAAACUCAGACUAAUUCCUAUUUACACUAACAACUUUGGACUGUAGCAAAUAACUAGAAUGGCUCAUAUUCUUCAUGAAUUUGGCGCUUGAUGUCACCUGACUGUUUUCACUGAUCUCAAAGUGCAUGUAUCAGUAUAUUAUUAUCUUUGUAUUUCAUUUUCUGGUUUUAUGAGUUGUAAAACACAACAGCCUCUUUUGUAUUUGCAGUGCAGGGGAAAAACAAAGAGUCAUUAUGAGCCUGUUUUGCUUUCAACAAACAAAACUACAUCUAGACUGGUCUCACCACCUCAUGAGAUCUGAGCUCAUUCUGAACAUGUAGAUUUGGCCCAGACAGAAUGUAAAAGCACAAGAGUUCAAUUACAAUAAAUGAAAGCCGCUUUGUGUAAACUGAAACCCUUAUGGAAGAAGUGUCAGGUGUCAGUACUUUGUUGAGGUUUCCACCACAGGACAGUCUUCAGGACAGACUUUGUGGAUUCUCUUCAACAUUCCAAGCUGCAUUUUGUGUCAAAUAACUAAAAGUGAGACACAAAAUAUAGACAGGUGUAGAAACAACAGCUUUUAUAAU